UCUCCCAGAAGUGGCAGGUGCUGUCCAAUCUGCUGUCGUGCUCGGGGCGGAUGGUAUCGCUGCUCACUGCCCUCGGCAGCGCCCAGGAGGCCAAGAUGUUCUGCCUCGAGACCCUGAGACUCACCGCCAAGCUACACUGCGUCCGUCCCUGCGUGGAGUUCCUGGUGGCCAGCGCUGAGUUGGAGGGUCUUCGGGGAGAUCUCCAGGCUCGCGAUCUCGACCUGAGGCUGGUGCAGCACCUCCUCGAACCGUCAGCAGGUCCGUCUCGGCGUCUGUCUGUCUGUCUGUCUCGGCGUGC